AUGACUAAGUUUUCACGAGCAACUCCUGUUGUAAACUCUAUCACUACAUCAUUAUUCUCUUCGCGAGUCUCUCCUAGAAAAUUUAUAAUUGCCGCACAAUACUCUUCACGAGUAACUACUACUUCUAGAAGUAUUAUAAUGCAAGGUUUACCAACAAGAACAAUAAUUAAGAACAUCAAAAGAAUAAAUGAAUACAAUAAUGUUUGUUUUACUACGUCUGCUGUCUCUCUUAAUGAUCCUUUCGGUUCCUCUCAGUAUGGUUCUCCUAAAACUGCUGCUACACCCCCUCCUAUUAAUACAAAUCAAAGUCAAUCUACUGCUCCUCCUCAACAAGCUGAAAAGCCUAUAGCAGUAACAAAUGUUCAACCACAACCAAAACAAGGUCAAAAUGAUCCUUUUGAUUUGGGAGGUUUUCAUGCAGAUAAACCUUUUAAAUCAAAAGUAGAUCCAAAUGCACAAAAAUGGAUAGGUAGAAAAUCAAAUAUUCCAGAAGCCGAAUUCUUUGAUGUGAAAAAAAGUGGCCAAAAUAUGCCUAGAGAUACGAGAAAUUUUUCAUAUAAAGAUAACGCAAGGCCCACCUUUAACAGUAACUUUUCCAGUGCACCAUCACUACCCUUUGAUGAUUUUCAAAAACUGGUUGACGCUGUUGCUGAGCAUGGCUCAAAUGAUUGGAAAUACAUAUCAAAAGUAGUUUUUGAAGAUGCUUACCCUCCUGAAACUUUGUCCGCUAAAUGGCAACAAUCAGUUCAAAAAUUUGGCAACAGCUUUUGGACUACAAAAGAAAUUAAAAAACUCUCCGAUGCUGUACAAUCAGUUGGCGAAGAUUGGGGAAAAAUUUCAGUCGAUGUGUUCGAUAAUACAAGAACACCAGUUCAAUGCGAAUCAAAGUGGUUAAGACUUAAUGGAAAAACAUGGGAAUCGCGUUCAUCUCGAGAUUACUCACAAAGAGAUUACCCACAAAAAGAUUAUUCUUACUCUUCACAACGUGGUAGUUUUAAUGGACCUUUUCAAAAAGGUCCUGCAGAAUGGACCGAAGAAGAUACUCGUACUCUUAUUGAAGCAGUAGAUAAACAGGGUUCAAAUUGGGAUUUAAUCGCUGAAAAAUACUACGCUGGCAAACAAAAUGUCUGGAAUCUACAAGUAAAAUGGGUUGGUUUGGUUACUUCGAAAAUUAACGAAUUUCUUAAAAUGAAAAAGGAUUCUCAAGAUGAAACGAAAUCUAAGCAAUUUGAACUUCCUAAAGAAAUUAGCUCCGAACAAAGACCAAUCGUUCUGGCUCAAAUGUUCGGAAAUCAAUGGUCAAACUUUGUUCAAGUAUUGGGACAGCGUUUCGUGAAACUUGAUAUUAAUUACUCGAGUCCUCAAGAAUUACCUUGGACUAAAGAGGAGAAUGAUAAACUUUUUGCCACCAUAAAAGAGCACGGAUUUGAUUGGAAAAAAAUUUCUGAAGCUCUGCCAAAUCGUUCAGAACAAUUUUUACGUGAAAGAGCAGGUGGAACAACUUUAUGGACUCGAGAUGAAAUGAUCAAGUUUGAAGAAGGUUACGCCAAACAUCAAAAUGACUGGACAGCUGUUGCUACUUUUGUUAAUACAAAAGCACCCGGUCAAUGUUGGGCUUUCUGGAAAACAACUACAGGAGCCGACGUAUUGGAAGGGAAUACAGAUAAAAUAUCUGAUACGAAGGUUCAUCGCGUCGGAGUUAAAGUGACUUACCCGGAUUCUAAAACUGAAGAAAUGACAUUUGUCCGUUAUAGUACUAGUGAUGC